AAAGGCGGGCGUAUUGCUUAUACCCCAAAUUCAUAAUCAUAUUCAUAUUCGAUAUAAAUAAAUCCUCGGCUGUUGCUAAACCAAUCCACAUCGAUACCCGCUCCGAUCGGCAUGGUUCGGCGAUUGUCUGGCUCGAAUUGAGAAGAAGUCAUGGGCUGUGCCAGCAGCACUCCCAUGGUUGCAACGGCGGGCAGCGAAAUGCUGAAAGCCGCCAGCCAUGUCAAGCAGAAGGGCGAGGCCGUCGUGGAAGACGCCUCUGAAACGCUGACCACCACUUUGGACACGGCCAAGGAGACCGUUGGCACGGCGGUGGCGGGAAUUACCACUGAGCUGGGCAACACCUUCAAGGAGGGCACUCAGGCUCUGGACGAGGCCAAGCACAAGGUGAUGGAGGGUCUGCAUCUGGAAGAGCCCCAGGAAUCCGAGUCGAAAACAGAUCCGGUAGAGGCAGCGAUGAGCAGUUCCCGAGCACCGACGCCCAAGCUGCAGGAAGAUACGGAUAGCCUGAAGACCUCCACUCCAGAGCCGGAGAUCGAACGGGCUCUGGCCAACGAGGAGGAGAGUCCACCGACUCCGAAACCCUCGCUGGAGGAGAUGGCUCUGCUAAGUGCGGAAGUAUCGCAGGCAUCUGCUGAGGAUGCGCCCGCUGCAGAUGCACCUGCUCCGCCGGCUGCCGAGCCUUCAGCGGCUCCAGCAACAGACGCACCCGCAACCGAAUCCUCCGCGCCCGUGGAAAGUCGUAAGGUGCGCCGUAAAUUCGUCGAAAGGAAAAAAAGGGAUGAAGAGAAGCAUAGACCCAGUACCACCGAGUGGGAGAAGUUCGCGGAUCAGUUGGCCAAAAGCAAGAAGUUUAAGCCCUACGAGAGCUUUGCCCACGGCCAAAACAAGUUCUCCGUUUACCAGGAUCACACCAGUCUCAGGGAUAAGCCGAAUCACUACGAUGGUCAUUUCAGCGGUGGAAACUCGCAGAGUGCCUCCCAAUCGGAUUUGUCCAGCGGUCACAUAACUCCAGCUCCCACUCGCAGAGGGCAGCGGGAGUUCGCCAAGUUCGUGGGAUCCGAACAGGCGGGCAGUAUAUCGCGAUCCAGUUCCAGGCUCUCGAAUGCCGCCACUGCCAGGAACUUCGAUUUCAAUCCCCAACGCGAACGCAUCAGUCUUUCAUUGGCCACUCGCAUUGGAUCUGGUAUUCAGAGAGCUCCUGCUGAAAGGAUUUCCGGUUGGGGCAGAGGAAGACCGGCUCCAUUGGUGGAGGAACCGGGAUACGCAGGACGCAGGAUGAGCACGGGAGUUAUUCAACAACCCUUGCGAUCUGGUAGAGAGAAAUUCCUGGGCACUGCAAGUCGACGGGCAGUGAAACCCAUAACCCCGAAGAGGGAUGUAAAGAGGGAGAAGUCUUCCAAGAAGCAGCAUUCCAAGAUUAUCUCUUCGAGAGAGUCGUCGUAUUUAGAUUUUGAACCUCGCAGUCCAAUAAGGACAACCAAAGCAUUACCGAAGGAUAUAGUGCGGUCCAGAGAACAUUCAUUGAAUGAGUUCGAUUCCAUUAAGACACAAAAGAUUCCCUCCAAAGGAUCAAAAACCUUGAAUAAGUCUAUGGUGCCAUCAAAGAAUGUAUCUUCCAGGGAACCAUCUUAUGUGGAAAUAGAGUCUUUGGAAACCUAUCACAAUCCUCUAAAAGUACAAAAACCUUCAGAUAAGGAAACUGUAAAAUCUAGAGAGCCCUCCUACACAGAAUUUGAUUCAUUUAAAAAUGAUAAAAGUCCGCGAAAAGUACAAGCUUUGGACAAGAAAAUGGUACGCUCAAGAGAGCAUUCAUACCAUGAACUUGAUUCUCAUAAAGCAGAAAAUAGUGCUUUUAAACCACCUCUACCUAUGCAAUCCGCUGAAGCGCAGAAACUACCUCAGAAUCUCAAACAAUCACACAAUAUUCCUAUGGAGCACCUACCUCAGAUAGAACACAGUCCGAGUGAAGCAACCCAAACGUCAACAAACCAAAAUCAAUCCUCCGCACCUCCAACACCUAAAAAGACAGAAACUCCAAAAGCAAUUGCUUCGAACUCAAAGAUGCCAUCACCACCGAUUUCUAGGGCUUCCAGCGCCAAAUCCUCAGACAGCAGCAAUUUAGAUGUGAUAAUCCAACCCAUGAGCAGUCUGAAUACACCUAGUAUAAAGUCCUUUACCCAGUCACCGGAUCAAGUUAUCAUGGAGGGCUAUGAGGACUCCGAUUUGGAAGCUGCGCUGGCCAGAUUGGAAAUCUUGAGAGGAUCAACGGCCACUUUGCACUCCCUAAGAUCCUGCAGUCCUGGCAGGCACACCUAUACAGCCUCCUUACUAAGUUCUCGACGCACUUCUCCCUGGGUGAUGAGAAAAAACUACGGAGGCACUGUUGGCAACAAAAUAAAGCCACCUGAAUUGGUGGAGUCCCUGAAAUCCACAAAGGCCAUCCAUCAAACCCUCGAACGCUGCGAUAUUUGCUACAAUGAGUUUAUUACUAACUAG